AUGGCUACUGGAGGUGGCGGGGGCAGCAAUUUGUCUGCUGGCACCAACCAGGCAAGUAACCUCUCAAUUAAUCUUUCUGGUGGUAAUCCCCUGAGAAAGAAUUUGCCAGCCAAGGGUUUUUUCAGCAGAAUGCAGGGUGCAAUUGCUGGGGCCGUUGCCCCCUCUAAGCUGGUUGUUGACAAAAAGUCCAUUGAAAAGUCAUGGAAACUUAUGGACAAGGUGGUUAAGUUAUGUCAGCAGCCGAAGAUGAAUUUAAAGAACUCUCCACCAUUCAUCCUCGACAUUUUGCCCGACACCUACCAACAUCUCAAGCAAAUCUCCUUAAAGUACGAAGACAAAAUGUCUACACUAAAUGACAUAGAAUAUUUCAGAAUAUUCCUUGACAACCUGAUAACAAAAUGCAAAAAAUGUCUUAAGUUAUUUAAGGACAGUAAAGAAAAGAUAUUCGAAGAACAUUCAGAAUACCGAAGAAGUCUGACUAUGUUAUCUUUGAUGUUUUCUCACAUGCUAGCUGAGUUGAAGGCUUUGUUUCCGUCAGGUGUCUUUGCCGGCGACACAUUCAGGAUCACUAAGAGUGAUGCUGCCGAUUGGUGGAAGAAAUCUUUUCCUGAUAAGACAGUGGUUCCCUGGAAGUUGUUUCGACAAUGCCUGCACGAAGACCAUCCAAUCACGACGCAGUUGGAAGCCCUCGCUCUGAAAUCUACCAUAGAUCUGACUUGCAAUGAUUACAUAUCAUCUUUCGAAUUCGACGUUUUUACGAGAUUAUUCCAGCCAUGGUGUAACCUUCUUCGUAAUUGGAAUUUGCUGGCAGUGGCUCACCCGGGCUAUGUGGCCUUCUUGACCUACGAUGAGGUCAAGGCCAGACUUCAAAAUUUCAUCACUAAACCCGGAAGGUCAGUUGCUGGGGUGGGGUGGAAUAGUGGGCACACAGCCGAAUUUGUGAACUGCAUCAUAAACAUUCUUAGGAAUACUCACACUUUGAAUACAAACACACGCAACCAUGCAACACUAUAA